AUUUUUUCCAAAUAUGGAUCUAUCUUGAGGAUUAUCACCUUCACUAGGAACAAUCAAUUCCAAGCUUUGCUUGAAUAUGCUGAUCCAAUGAAUGCGUGUUAUGCCAAAAUGGCUCUGGAUGGCCAAAGUAUCGCCUCUAUUUGCUGCAUUCUGCAUGUUGAUUUCUCCAGUGUAGGUAACCUUAAGGUAAAGUACAACAAUGACAGAAGCAGAGAUUUCACUCGCUCUGACCUUCCUCAUGGUCAUUGUCAAGUCCUGGAGCGAUCCGUAACCCCUGCCACUGGCACCCAAAAUAACAUCUUCCCACCAUACCAAGGGCAUGCUGGGUUUUUUCCAGCCAUGAGCUUUUCUCAAGAUUCUGGUUUUGUGUUUCAAACUGUCCCUGUUAUGGCGGUGAAAGUACCUGAUACUGCACCAGCAGUGUCUGCACAGAGGCCUCCUCCUAGUGUUGCUGACAUUCCAGAAAAUUCUGUUUUACUGGUCAAGAACCUCAACCCUGAAGUCAUCACACCAGAUCGACUUUUCACCUUAUUUGGUGUGUAUGGUGAUGUGAUUCGUGUGAAGAUCAUGUUUAAGAACAAAGAAAAGGCUUUGGUUCAGAUGGCAGAUGCAACCCAGGCUCAAUUAGCUAUCGGCCACUUGAAUGGGCAGAUGGGACAAGAUGGUGGCAGUCUGACGAAGGACUAUAGCAAUAGCCCUUUACAUCGCUUUAAGAAGCCUGGGUCUAAAAGCUUCCAAAAUGUUUUUCCUCCAUCUGCCACCCUGUAUCUCUCCAGCGUCCCGUCUUCUGUUACUGAAGAUGAUCUGAAGAAACUUUUUGAAAGUACAGGAUCAACUGUGAAAGCCAUCAAAUUCUUCGAGAAGUAUUACAGAAUGGCCCUUGUCCAGCUGAGCUCUGUGGAAGAAGCAGUUCAUGCUCUUAUUGAGCUUCACAACUAUGACCUUGGAGCAAACCAUCGCCUCCGAAUUUCCUUCUCAAAAUGUGCAAUCUGA